AUGUUCUGUUUAUUGAUUUUAAGCACAAUUUGUGAGAUCUCCUAUAACUUUAAAUUUAAAUAAACUUAUAAAGUACUAUCAUCCUAAUUGUUUAAGGGGUUCAUAAAAUAAUAAAUUGCAAUAAAUUACAAAAAAUAUUAAUUCAAUUUUGUUAAUAUAUUAUCAAUAUCAUCUUUGAAAUCAUUGAGAUUUUGUAUAACAGACAAUCCUUCUCCCAUUAUUAAAGAUAUAACCUUAUCUUAAUUCAUUGACUGCAAGAUAAUUUUUUCAAUAAAAAGAUUACUAUUUGGUAAGUCUAAUUCCUAUUCAAUAUUGGUGCAAUUGGAACCAAAAAACUUUAUUACUAAAUAAUAAUAAUUUUUAUAAUAAUCGACAAACAUUUUAAUAUGUAGGUUAUUAAUUGAUGAACACAUAUAAAAGUAUGUCUGCGUUCAAUUAAUAGUAGUAUUGGAGAAGAUUAUGAGAAGUAAAAUAUAUUGUAAUGAUAGGCGAUUAUAUUUAAAAGGCAAAUCAAAAACCAUUAAAUGUUUAAAUAAAAUCAAUAACUUUAAAACCAUAAGAAUAUUAUUCUUAGUAGAUGAGAAAUAUGCUAUACAAUAUCCAUAAAGAUAAGCUGUUGAAAUUUUACAGAAAGAAAAUGAAAAUCUUUAUGUUUAAGUAUAAGCAGAUGACAAAAUAAGUCAAUAUGAUAAAUUCUAAAGAAUUGGAUUGGCUAAUACAAUUAAUAAGCAAAUUGAUGAUAAUUGGGGACCAGAUAAUGGUGAUUAAGAACAGUAGAAAGCCUCUAUGGAUAAAAAAUAUAUGGUUAAUUUGAAAAAAAUUUGAAAAAUGAAAAAGAACAGAAAGAGUUAGAAUACGCAAAAAAAUACUUAAGAAAAAAGUUUAAGCCACCUGGAAUGACAAACUUAGAUAAUGGAUAAAGAUCAAUUUCAAAAUUUUUAGAGAUUAUUUUAUAUAUUUAGCAUAAUAUUUUUAUAGAUUAAGAAAAUAUAUAGAGAACAGGAAAUAAAUGGCUUUGAAUUAGAAAGGUGAAUAGCCUAUUAAAUGUUUAUAAAACUUUUUAGAAAUGCUUUAAAAAAAUUCAUCAAAAGUUAUUUUUCAGUUUUCAAGUAAUAAAGAUAAUUUGAAAAUUUCUGAUAAGUGA